AUGUCGGCGUUCCUGGCGCCCUCGCUGCCACCGCUGUUCGCCAUUCUGCUCAGCCCGACUCUCCGCGCCCUGUCCGACAGUUCCCUGGCGGGCAGCAGGAGUGAGCAGCAGCUGGCUGCGCAGGCGCGGCAGAAGACCGACGAUGUCUUGGGCGCCCUGGCAAAGAGCAUCCCGCCUAGGCAGCUGCUGCCGGCGCAGUUUGCGUUCUACCAGCGCGAGGUUAGCAAGCAGGGCACCGCGGCGAUUGUGCCGUUUGUCGAGUUUGUUGGUCGCACGGCGGGCGCUCUGCAGCGCCAUCACCUGCUGCAGUUCUACAAGCCCCUGUUCAAGUUCUUCCUCACGGUGUUCGACACUACGCGUAACCCACUGGUGCCCCUUGCUGAUGUCCAGGUGGUGGAGGAUGCGGCGCUUGCGGCGUUUAUGCGCUUUGUGGUCAAGCUGAACGAGAACCUGUUCAAGCCUCUUUUCUUGUCGUUUGUCGAGUGGGCGACGGUUGACCCGGCUACGCUGCCUGCCCCCUCUGCGUGGCUCACUGCUGCAUCCAGCGAUGACUCCGCUUUGCGCAUGCAGAGCGCGGCUGAGGCGCGUUUGCGUGUGUUCUACCGGACGCUGAACAUCCUGUUUGACAAGCUCAAGUCCAUUAUGGCGCCGUACUAUGCGUCGGUGAUGGAUACGACGGUUGCGCAGCUGGAGCGCUUCGGGGAGGCUGAUCGCGUGGAGAAGCCCGGCCCGAGCCAAUUGUGGUGCUCGAUUCUCGAGUCUCUACGGAACAGCGCAUUGUAUGACUCUGCCGCUGGCUUCUGGACAGAUGCGAACUUCCGCAAGAUCUACCACCCGCUGGCCAACCAAUUGCCGAACACCAAGCCUUCGACAAUCAUCAGCCAUCCCAGUGACAAUGUCUCCGAGUCUGCGUUUGAGGCCUAUGUCUCUAGAGUUCGCAAGUAUUUGGCACCCGCGGCUGCGCAAUUGGCGGUUGCUGCCGGGAACGAUGCCAUGUGGAAGAGCUUGAACCAGGAGGUUAUGAUGAAAUCAAGGUCGGAUGAUCCUGCGGUUCGGGUUGGUUCCUUGGUGGUUUUGCAGGCGUUCUAUGAGAAGCUGGGAGAGGAGUUUUUGAUUCUUUUGCCAGAGACCAUUCCGUAUUUGGCCGAGCUUUUGGAGGAUGAUAGUGCGAGAGUAGAGAGGGUUACCCAGGAGACUAUUAAGAUUAUUGAGUCGCAUUUGGGUGAAUCACUGCAGUCGUAUCUGAAGUAA